GUCCCCCCCCCGCAGGAGUGCGAGUCCUCGGAGAAGUGCUGUCAGAACGUGUGCGGGGGCCGCAGCUGCGUGGUCGCGCGCUCUGCGGGCGGCGGCGCGUCCAUGACCCCCAAAGAGGCGAGCUGCGCGGGCUUCGCGUGCACGCAGCAGGGAUCCGAGUGUGACGUCUGGGACGGCCAGCCCCACUGCAAGUGCCGCGAGCGCUGCGGGCGCGAGCCCAGCUUCACGUGCGCCUCGGACGGGAUGACGUAUUACAACCGCUGCUACAUGGACGCGGAGGCGUGCUCCAAGGGGGUCGCGCUCACGGUGGUCUCGUGCCGCUUCCAUCUCAGCUGGCCUAAGGCGGGUCACCCGCUGCCCCACGUGACCACGGCGGGCCCCACCACCACGCCCCCGCCGCCCCCCACCGAGCUGCAGCCCCCCCUGGUGGUCAGCAGCCCCGCCCAGCAGGUGGUGCGGGCGGGGGACACCGCCAGCUUCCUGUGCGCGGUCACGGGCCGGCCCCAGCCCGACAUCAUCUGGGAGAGGCGGGUGCCCGACGGGCCGCGGGGCGUGGCCUUGAGGCGGAACCACGUGGUUGGAAACAUGGUGGUCACCAACGCGGGUCAGCUGGUCAUCUACAACGCGCAGCCCACCGACUCGGGCGCGUUCAUGUGCACGGCUCAGAACCCGUCCGGGUCGGUCCAGACGCUCCACCUCCUGACCGUGCUGCCCGCUGAGGCCCCCAGCCCACCUUCACCCACAAACCAGAGCCUCUGCCCCCCCGAGGAGUGCCCGAGGCCCCCUGGCGGGCAGGAGGACUGUGGGGGGGUCCUGGAGCGGGUCGGCUGGUUCUACGAGCCCAACGCCAAUGCCUGCCGGAGCUUCCCGGUCUGCGGCGGCCAGGAGCCCCCCAGGGGGUUCGAGUCCUUCCAGGACUGCAUGCGGUGCUGUGGCCCCGAGCUGGCGGGGCCCUGCGGACUCCCCAGCCAGCGGGGGCCCUGCAAAGCCUACGAGCCGCGGUGGGCGUACAGCAGCGCCCUGCGCGGCUGUCACACCUUCAUCUACGGCGGCUGCGGCGGGAACGACAACAACUUCCAGUCCAAACAGGCCUGCGAGGACAGCUGCCCCGUCCCGAGGGGCCCCCGCUGCGCCGCCUGCCGGCCGCGCGCCAAGAUGCUGCCCAGCUUCUGCCGUAGUGACUUCGUCAUCACCGGCCGCCUGACGGACGUCAGCCAGGACAAGGACGCGGGCCACGCCCUCGUGACCAUCGACAAGAUCUUCAAGGACGAGAAGAUGGGGCUGCGCUUCUUCGGGGCGGGGCCUCUGGAGGUCACCUUCCUGAACGUGGACUGGAUCUGCUCCUGCCCAAACAUCACGGGCGCCGCGAGCGAGGGCCUCCUCCUCAUCAUGGGCCACGUCAGCGACGGCAUGGCGGUGCUACAGCCCGACAGCUUCAUGGGCGCCGCCAGCCCUCGCCGCCUCCGGAGGCUGCAGGACGCCGCGUCCAAGAACGCCUGCGAGGUCCUCAGGGCGAUCACCAGCAGCCCCCCGUAGAGGAACCGACAGUCUGAAUCCCGUCCUGCCGGUUCUGGGGACAGUGGACCUUCAGGACCGUCCUGUAUAAAUGUGUACAGAAUCCAGACUGACUGAGCUCCUGUAGCCGUUCGGUUCCUGAAGUCCACCCCGAUUAUCUUUGAUCCGUUCCCAAAGCGUUCCCAAAACAAUUUUACUUAGUAAAAUCCCAAAGCUGUCGUUUUCUAGGACAUAGUUUCUGCAGAGCAGCAGUUCGGUAGAAAUUCGCCUUAGAGUUGUGGGGGGACUGUUGGAGCAACCCCAUCCCCUCUUCCCAUCACCCAUCUGUUUACACUCUCCCACCAGCUGACAAGGAAAACCAAGACGUUCAUGGAUCUACUAGCCUGCAAAAACGCA